GGGAUUUGGAUUUACAGCAGUAGGAUCUCGGGAUCUCGAUUCCGGCAUGAAAAACCUCGAUUUAGGUAAUGGCGAUUUGGAUUGGGGCACUAAGAAACUGGGGUUUGGCUGAUGGGAUCUUGGCAUUGGGGAACUCGGAUGAUGUUCAAUCCGGUGUUUAUAGUCGGUGUGGAUUAGGCCUCGUGCGUGUAUGGUGUAGGAGGAGGGCGUCUCGUCAUGUGAUUUUAUUUACUACUUGUUUAGUAUAUAUUAUGUUUCACAUAUUUAGAGAUUGGAAUCAUAAAAAGUUAGUUCUUUCAUGAUUACAGUUCCCUCUAGUUCGUGUAACUAAUCUGUCAAUUAGUCAAUUAGCCUAGUUCCUGAUUACACACUCUUUUUUAUGUUUUAUGUCAGGCCCUUGAGCAGGUUACUCUGUUGCUCUGAAUUUUAAGUUGUGUAUUCUGGUGCCGCGCUCCCCAUGGAGUGUGUGCUUAUUUUUUUAUUUUACCUUCUUAAUAAAUGUACCAGAUUUGAACUUUAAAUUUUAUUAAAUGAAUUAAUAGUAUUAAAAUUUAAUUUAUGGCAAGGUUUACUACACUGACUAUAUCACAGUUUACUGAAACUCAAUCACUUUCAGGUGACAACUUUUUCAAAGAUGUGAGCUAUAUUAUUAUUAUUAUUAGUAUUGAGGUUGUAUGUGUUGAGCCCUUCUCUGCUUGAAAAAAAAGAAGCCAUGAAGCAUGGAGGCAAACAUAAUUGCAAAUCGAUCUGAGCUGCCUAAAUUUGAGUUUGAGUAUUGGGAGAUGGCCCAACCUGCAAUGCCGAAUGCUUUGAUAAAGAAUGAAUCUUCAAAUUCUAUCUUUGCUUUGUCAAUCAUGGGAAACACCUGUUUUUGCAAAUUGUUGAUCACUUACAACCUGCUGUUAAUUCAUCAUCGAAGGAAUACAAAAGUUCAAGCUCAUUUUACUAGCUACUCAUUGCUGCCUUAUCAUGAUUAUCAUAGCAGUCUGCUUUUAGGCUGCCACGUUCUCUUUACCCACGCGCGCGAGGGCGCGCGCUUUCUACUAGUAGUAACAGAUUGGUUAAGAGAAGAUGAGAUCAACAGGACCUGUCGGAUGGGACCCAAAGCACCUUAGUGACCCUGAUCGUCUUCGCCGGUGCUGCGGUCAUGCCUGCACUGCUUCGCCACGCCGGGAUCACAAGCUGGGGCGUCCCAACCCUCGCCGGCAUCGCACACUGGACCGCCACCGUGAGCCAUCUUCGGAGUCGUUUUUAUGUAUUGAACUUGUGAACUUGGAAUAAUGUGUACUUUUGAAUGUGUGGUUUGUAAUAUAUUGUGAAUUUUGUACAAAUUUGGUUGUUUGUGAUAUAUAAAUAUAUAUAAAUAUGGUUUGUGAUA